AUGGUUGUUUACUCCUUCUAUAUCUUCGAUCGUCAUGCUGAAUGCAUCUAUAAUCGGCGCUGGCUGCCACGCCCAACCUCCAUGACAGGCAGCAAAUCAUCACGACCGACUUCCGAGACAUCUGCUCCGGGUCUCCCCGCAACAUUAGGCCAAACUGCGCGCGCCACGGACGACGAUGCCAAGCUCAUCUUCGGUACUGUUUUCUCCCUGCGCAACAUGGUUCGCAAGCUAGGAGGCGAGGACGACAACUUCGUUACCUACCGCACUAGCCAAUACAAGCUCCAUUACUACGAAACGCCGACCAAUAUCAAGUUCGUUAUGCUGACGGACCUCAAGAGUCCAAGCAUGCGCGUUGCUUUGCAGCAGAUCUAUAUCAAUCUAUACGUCGAAUACGUGGUCAAGAACCCGUUAUCUCCCGCCGAGCAUCCAGGUGGCAUUGGAGUGAACAAUGAGCUCUUUGAAGAGUCUCUGGAACAGUUUGUGGUAUGUGCCAUCAACGUCUCCUAG